CCCCCCCCCCCCUCCCCGCAGCAUUCUUUGCGCCCAUACUGUUUUCGCAGCAUCUGACCUGCUGAUCGUCCCUCGUCCCUCGUCCUACCAAGUGGCCCGUUCAGCCCUUCUCCUGGCGAUUCUAGACCGUCGUUAGUCCAAUGUGCCACCUGUGACGCCCUGUUCGGAUCUCUUAACGACUCCCCUUCGUUGCGCCUUUGCGUCCAACCGUCUCUCUUUUUAUCUGUUCUCUCAAGGUCCCAGGACCUUGCACUACAGCCAGCAUGCGGGUGUCUUUGCUGGCGUGGUCUCUUCUUUCCUUUGUCUCGAUUCCGGCCUUCGCCGCCCCCUCCGGUUCCGAUGCUGUCUCCCCGAUCAAUCAUCUUGUGAAGAGAGGCGAUUCGCCCGACGGGCAGUCGACGACCUUCAAUGGCAUUGAGGUUCCGCCGAUCAAGGCCCUGACGCCCGAUACCUUCGACGAGACGAUCAAGGAGGGUUACUGGUUUGUUAAGGAGUAUUCUCCAUCAUGUCCUCACUGCCAAAAGAUCGCUCCCACAUGGCAGACUCUCUACGAAUAUUACUACACCUCCGAUCCUCUGUCUUCGUCGUCCUCUAAGUCGCCCGAUACCCAGUCCCUCAACUCCUUCCAUGGCUUCUACAACUUCCAUUUCGCGGAAUUGAACUGUCUUGCGCAUGGUGAUCUCUGUCGGAAACUCGAUGUCAAGUAUUUCCCCACGUUCGCCCUGUACCACAACGGCGAAAUGGUUGAGCAAUAUACCGGCAAGAAGAGUAUGGAGGGGCUCAGCGAGUUUGUCGAAGAGAAGCUGGAGCAGAUCAAGCCUGGAUCUCGGCCUGCGAAGGGUCUCAACCUUCCCCAGCCGGGCGACAAGGGCGUCGAUACCAAGGCGGAGCCGGAUACCCCUGUUGCCAAAGACAAGGAUCGUGAGGCGGGUGCCAAGGCCGGGGAGAAGCACAACGAGCAGGCUGCGCAGUUGACCCCGGGAGAUGCAACUGCUGAGAAAGAUUCCUCAUCCAAGACCAAGCCCAAGGCAAAGCCUGCCCCCGCCCCCGCAAACCCUCAGGGUCUCUCUGUCCCGCUCACGGCAGAAAGCUUCCAGAAGCUUGUGACGACCACCCAGGAUCCUUGGUUCAUCAAAUUCUAUGCCCCGUGGUGCCACCAUUGCCAGGCGUUGGCUCCUAACUGGCGGGAAAUGUCCAAGGAGAUGCAGGGUGUUCUCAAUGUCGGAGAAGUGAACUGCGAGGUGGAAUCCCGGCUGUGCAAGGAUGCCCGCGUCAGCGCUUUCCCAACGAUGUAUUUCUUCCGCGGGGGUGAGAGGGUUGAAUAUGAAGGCCUUCGCGGCCUUGGCGAUCUGGUCACCUAUGCCAAGAAGGCUGUUGACGUUGGAACCGGCGUUCAGGAUGUGGAUGCCACCACUUUCAAGGAGCUGGAGGAGAAGGAGGACGUCCUCUUCCUGUAUUUCUACGACCACGCGACUACCUCGGAAGACUUUGAGGCCCUGGAGCGACUGACCCUCAGCUUAGUCGGCCAUGCCAAACUUGUCAAGACGAACAGUGCGGCUCUUGCUGAAAGGUUCAAGAUUUCGACCUGGCCUCGGCUCCUUGUGUCCCGGGACGGUCGCCCCAGUUACUACAACGCACUUGCUCCUAAGGAUAUGCGGGAUUUCCGUCAGAUCCUGAACUGGAUGCGCACUGUGUGGCUGCCGAUUGUUCCCGAGCUUACGGCCUCUAACGCACAGGAGAUCAUGGACGGCAAGUAUGUUGUUCUGGGAAUCCUCAGCCGGAAGCACUCGGACGAGUUCUUGCAGUCUAAGCGAGAGCUCAAGAACGCCGCCUUGGAGUGGAUGGACAAGCAGACGCAGCUGUUCCAGUUGGAGCGCGCAGAGCUGCGUGAUGCCAAGCAGCUACGGAUCGAGGAGGCUGACGACCGCAAUGACCAACGGGCUUUGCGGGCGGCGAAGAACAUGCGUAUCACGAUCCGCGAAGAUGACAAGAAGCAAGUCGGCUUUGCUUGGGUGGAUGGUGAUUUCUGGGAUCGGUGGUUGAGAACUACCUACGGGAUUGAUGUUGAGAAUGGGGAGCGCGUGAUCAUCAAUGACCAGGAUAACCGACGCUACUGGGACACAUCGUCUAGCGGGGCAUCGAUCAUGGCGUCCCGUACGUCGAUCCUUGAGACCAUUCCCCUGGUCAUCGCCAACCCACCGAAGCUGAAGCCCAAGUCUACUGUUGGAACCUUCGAGUCCAUCUUUUUCUUCACUCGGUCGUCCAUUAGUGCCCACCCCAUCAUCUUCUUCAUCAUUCUGACCCUUUCGGUUGCUGGUGCCACGAUUGUGGCCCGGGGCAGAGCCGUUAGACGCGGAGGUCGUGGCGGCAUUCUCGGUGUGACCGGUAGCACUGGCGGGGGUUUCUUCAAUCUUGAUGGAAAGGAGGGUAUCUUGAACGGUGGUUCCACGGGCAAGGUGGAUUGAUCGGGGCGUAGGGUAUUGUACAGUUACUGUUUAUCUUUUAUUCGUCCACCCUAAUUUCGUGUUUAUUUUUCUUCAUUUCACUGGUUCUCUAUAAGGUUACUAGUGUCUGAUUUUUUAUUUUUUUUUUUUUUU